AUGUUUGCCAAGCAGCGCAGCUCGUCAAAUUCUAGAGAAAGGUUUCAUUUCGAGUUCAUCUUUUUCGACUGCCGCCAGAAUGAAUUUCACUCCUCUCAACCCACGGCCACUGUUGCAAAAUCUGUACGCCCUACACCCGACCGUUCUUCCAGCUCUGCGACCGAUGCCAUUGUUUACGAUCUAGAAGGAUGGAGAGCCCAUGCUGACGUGGACACACUUUACAGGAUCAACGACGAGGUUAUCAUUCGGUUAAAGUGGGGUCAGACAGAGUACAAAGGUCGUCUGAUCAGCGUCGACUCGUACAUGAACAUUCAAUUGUCAAACACAGAGGAGUACAUUGAUCGCAAACACACCGGCACUCUCGGUGAAGUUCUGAUCAGAUGUAAUAAUGUCCUCUGGAUCUCAGCAGCAAAAGGAGUUGAAAUGAACGGGGAAGCGGACACAAAGAUGGAGGGAUAA